AUGGUUCUUAGGGUCCUCGCAGAGAGUGAAGACAAUGUGGAGAAUGCAGCCAUGGGCAAGAUGUCCAGUUCAUACGGUAUGAUCUCCUCGAGCAAACCUGAUCAUCCUGUUGCUGAAUCAAGUGAGCUCUUCCCAGAAGGACACAGGUGCUACACUGCUCAACUUGACAGUGUCAGGCGAUGGAUGGAAACGCGGUGUAUUUCUCUAACUAGUGCGGCCGGGAAAGCUUUAUCUACUGUCCUGACUGAUCCGGCUUAUUAUUGGUCACCCACGGAUAUGGUCACCACGAACAUAUGCCGUCAGUUAAUGCCUGCAUUGCUGGCAAACACCCGAAGACGUCUGAGACAGCGGAGGUGUAAUUUCAAGGUCUCAGAGUGGGACUACUGGCCUGGCCGUUUUGUAGAGGUGCAUUUUAGCCUCAUUGGAAUUUAG